AUGCGAUCUGUCACCUGUCUUUCAGCGGGAAUCAAUCUUUGUAAAUCGCAGUAUUUGCCAAAGUGGGUCUGGCGUAAUCAACAGCACGUGUUCUGCUACCCAACCUUUACCGCCGACGGCAACAUUGAUGAGACUCAGGCCGCCCAAUGGCUACAGCCCAGGCCCGACAUCGACUUCUCUGCCUGGUCCACUGCUGCGGAGCUAAAUGAACUGAAAGCCGACCUCUGCGAAGUAGCCAACUACCUGGUCAGCCCACAUCAACGUACUCGCGAGUUCUGGUUCCGGCUCUCCCGCAAUGUCCUCUACUAUCACCGCAGUAGCAACGGCAGCGGCGUCGACCUGCCUGCUGAUAUGUCAACCUUUAUCUCCAUCCUCUGUGAUGCCUUCGGUCCGGAUCCCCUGCUCAGUCUGUUGGAGGAGUACGCCCUCUCCGUUCUAGUGCCCACAUCAGCCCAAAUUGAUUACUUGCCGACCGCC